CACAUGUGCAAGAAUUGAGAAGAAUCACAAAUCGCGGUGGACAUGGCUCCAGGAAAGCGUAAGAGAACCGACAGGUCAUCCGUCGACGCCGGGGAGAAUCGACCCUCGCCGCAUCGGCCUGGGAAUACCAGUUUAGGUCAGCAUGAUAGAGGUGACAUUCGGGAGGGAGGUGGAAGACGACCGAGUCGCGGAGGGCAAAAUGGCCCGGGAGGAGGAAGAGGACGCCGAAAUGACGGUCGGGAUGGUCGAGACAGCAAUCCAAACAAGCCCGCCGUGCCAGCGAGAUCCGCGCCGACGCCUGGUCCAAUGUCCCCUCCUCCAAGACCACCCAGCGCAACGCAGACCCCGCAGACCCCGACCCCGACUCCAGUCGUCGAGACAGUCAGUCCUGUCCUCAGACCGGACCCAGCUCCUUUCGAUUAUGAAUACCUUACAACCGACCGAAUGUCUUCCUGGGAAAUAAGUGGCAGACAGGAGGUGGUAACUGCGGGUAUUCAAGCGCGUGUCGACGAAGACACGGUCGGUCUUACUACGAUCUUUCAAGAAUUGAUACGAGCGACUCUCGACGUCCGAUUAGAUGCAACAGAUGCCGGCAGUUGUGUUGGUGAGAUAUUGGGACCAGAGACCGCACCCGCAGAUGAUUCUGCAAACGCUUUUGAUCCACAGACGCUUUUCAUUGAUACCCUGUCGAUGGUCUGCGAUGCGGAACCUGGCCUGAACGAGCCUGGAAAGUUCCCUCCGGUUUUACGUACCUUCUGCGUGGCGACUGGAGUAUCCCCAAUGGCUAUGCGCCUGAAGCUUGAUGCUCUUCUUGUUCAGAACCUUGGUCUGACUCGAGAUACCUUCAUCCGCGUGGGCAUUCGACAAGCUACGCACCUUCUUUACAGACAGGCGAACUACAAUCUUCUGCGAGAAGAGACUGAGGGCUAUUCCAAACUAGUCACCGAGCUUUUCACUACGAGUGGAAGUGAGCCGCCAUCCGCUGAAGCCGUCGAGGAUGCCUUUGAAAAGGUCAAAGGGCUUAUAGGCACAUUCGACCUGGAUGUCGGUAGGGUUCUGGAUAUUACACUCGACGUCUUUGCCGCUGUUCUCAUAAAGCAUUAUCGAUUCUUCAUCAAGCUUCUGAGGGUUAGCUCAUGGUGGCCAAGAACCGGAGAGGCAGAUGGUGUUGCUACAGCGAAAUGUUCCGGGCUUCCUACAUGGGCUUUACCUAGCUCUCCUGGCUGGACAACAACCGAAGAAGACGAGGAGCUUUCAAAACAGCAAAGACUUAGUAGGGACACGGAAUUUUGGGCUAGAGCUCGCGAGGUUGGAUUAGACGCCUUUUUUGAACUUGGAGGAAGGCAGGUCAUCGAUCCGGAGACGAAAGAACGCAUUCUCAGUGAGAAAUCUGAGGAUGCAGAACCUAAUGCAGACCGUAAAUGGAUUGAAGGAACGGGGACUUACCCGCCCCCAGGGAAUCGAAUUGCUGCUCAGUUACUCGGAUUCAAGUUACGUUUCUAUGCCUCCGACGCUCGUGACAAAGACGAUGUUCUACCGGCGAACCUGAUCUAUCUUACUGCUCUGUUGAUAAAGAUUGGAUUCAUAUCUCUCAGAGAUCUGUAUCCGCAUCUAUGGCCUCUCGAUGAAGAUAUGGAAAAGGUUAGAGAGACAAGGAUGAAAGAAUUGGAGGAGAAGGAGAGAAUGAAUCGACCCGGAGGAGCGAUGAACGCAUUAAUGACCGCAGGAGCGCUCGUGGACGACACAUUGCCAAACGGAGGUCGAACUCGUGAACCAGCUACAGCAAAGGCCGACCCUGCUGCAAAAGUAGAGGUCGUGGAUGAAGACAAGCCGCCUGAGCCUAUGGAUCAGAAGGUCCAGUUACUUACCUGUCUCUUAACUAUUGGCGCCAUACCAGAGUCUUUGUUCAUCCUUGGCCGUUUCCCAUGGCUCCCCGAGGCAUAUCCCGAACUUCUCGAUUUGAUCCAUCGUAUUUUGCACCAUUCGAUUAAGGACGUAUAUGAUAUGUCCCGCCCUUCUUCAAACCAAGAUCCUGAAUGCCCAACGAAGCGUGUGGCAGAUCUUGACCAAAGCGGGGUACCAAAAGGUCAAGUUCGCUUGGUUCAAACGCCUAUUCGAAAACAACUACGCUGGCCGUUUCCAGACAAAUUCGACACGAACGAGGGUAAUUCUUACCGGUUUUAUUGGGAUGAAUGGGCAGAUAAUGUGCCGGUCUGUCAGAAUGUCGAUGAUGUAUUCACCCUCUGCGGUACACUCCUGAACUAUUCUGGUGUCAACAUUGGAAGAGAUGCAGCUUUGCUCUCCAAAUUUGCUAGAAUUGGUGCGCGAAGCCUUGCGACCGACUCUUCCCAGCACAACCUCGACAGAUGGCAGGACUUGCUCAAGCGACUCCUCGUCCCCGCCCUCAGCCUUACGAAGUCCAAUACGAGCGUUGUCAAUGAAAUCUACGACAUGCUCCGGUACUACCCUCUUUCUGUGAGGUACAAUAUCUACGCCGAAUGGUUCGAGGGCCAAACGUCACGAUUGCCAGCCAUCAGAGUCGCAUUCAAUAGGACAAGGCUUGAGACAUUGAGUACGAUGAAGCGGAUCAGCAUGAAUAAUAUUCCAGCUAUGGCUCGGAGCCUUGCAAAGUCCGCCUACGCUUCUCCAGGUGUGGUGUUCAGUGUUGCCUUGGGCCAGAUUGAAGCAUACACGAAUCUUACCGAGGUAGUUGUGGAAUGCGCAAAGUACUUUUCCGAUCUGGGUUAUGACGUUCUUGUGUGGUCGCUCAUGAGCUCGCUGGGAGGAAAACAGAGAAACAGAAACAACUCGGAGUUUUCGUUGCUUCCAAGCCGAUGGUUGUUAGCUCUCUCACGGUUCGCUGGGAAAGUCUUCCGACGUUACUCGAUCAUGAACCCAACUCCGAUAAUUCGAUAUGUGAAUGAUCAGCUAUUCCGAGGGAAUUCCACGGAUCUUGUCAUAUUGAAAGAGCUGAUUGCGCAAAUGGCGGGUGUGGUCCCAGAUACAGACUUCACCGAGGCCCAACUUACUGCUAUGACUGGCGGCGAACUCCUUAGGAAGCAGACACUCAUCCAUCUACAAGACAAGCGUUACGAGUCGACAAAGACGGCCAAGAGAUUGAUGAGGGCUCUCAUUGAUACGAAACUCGUGGGCCAACUACUCCUUGCAAUUGCGCAACACAGGCAGUCGGCGAUCUAUUCCAUAGCCGACGAGGAGGCGCACAUCAAGCUACUUUCGACAAUGAUUGAUGACACACAGUUGAUCUUGUUCCAGUAUCUUGAUCUACUCCGGAGUAACCUUGAAGUGGAAGAGUUCGACAGAUAUGUUCCCGGAGUUCCAGAGCUUCUCACAGAGUUUGGCUUGGAGCCGCCUCUCGCAUUUAUGAUAGGUCGUGCAAGUCUUGCCAGUCGUAUAUCAAGCGUUGCGUCCCCGGCUUUAAACGGUGCUACCGAAGCUGUUGCAGCCUUGCCUGAACCGUCGCCAGCCAAGAUAGAUACCGAUGACGAUGUUGCUAUGGAAGGCGGAACUGAAGUCCAGGCAAAUAAUGACCAGGGCAAAGCUUCUCCUCUUCCUGAGAACGGCACCCCUGCUGCUAAGGAGGACGAUGUGCAGGCAGAAUUGAAGGAGACUAUUCCACCGCCAGUCACUGCUGCAGCUGACUCAACGAGCUCGCCGUCGGAUGCUUUCCACGAAGUCAUUGCGCCAAUUAUCGACACCAUCCGCACCUUGCAACCUGAGGAUGCUUGGAAGGCCAUAAGCCCUGACUUUUAUGUCACUUUUUGGACAGCAUCUCUUCCCGAUUUGUCUAUCCCGAAAGACAGCUACGAGAAAGAGAUCCUACGCAUUGCGGAGGAACAGAAAGUCGUAAUGAAAGAUCGCUCGGAUAUGACCCGGGCUGGUAUGGCUCGAAAAGAGGAGAUGAAGAAGUCUCUAGAUCAGACUAGAACUGCUCUGACUGCCGAGUUUGGGAAGCAGGUCGGUGCUUUCCGGCAAAGAAGGGGCCGUUUGCUCAAACGCAAAGCUCAAUGGUUUGAGCCUUCCAUCAAACCGGACAUCGUGAGCGAUGCAAUCCUGGAGCGAUGUUUAAUUCCACGUCUCAUUCUGUCUCCAAGCGAUGCCGACUUCUGCUUCAAGAUGAUCAAAUUAUUGCACGACAAUAGCACGCCUAACUUCCGCACCCUCUCACUAUAUGGGCGCCUUUUCAGAGCCAAUCGCCUUCGUUCAAUAAUAUUCUCAUGCACUAUCCGUGAAGCUGAGAACUUGGGCCGCUUCCUGCGUUUUGUGCUUGCAGACCUUGCUAGAUGGCAUGCGGAUGCUGCUGUUUACGAGAAAGAAGCUUGGGGAGUAAAUAAAAACUUGCCGGGUUUUGCGAAAGCUCUUGACCCUGAUGGCAAACCAAAGGGGUUGUUUGAACAUGAUGCCAAACAGGGUAUCGGUUUCAAGAGCCUUCUUCUUACAUGGCACAGAGCCCUAAAUACCGCUCUUCGCGAUUGUCUAGAUGGGAAGGAGUGGAUGCACAUUCGGAAUGCCAUCACAAUUCUGAAAACGCUAGCGGACGUUUUCCCUGCCAUUGACUUCAUGGGUAACGGUUUCAUGAAGCAGCUCGAAGCCAUCGCCAAACGCGAGAAGGAUGUUCGCGAGGAUCUUUCUCUGACUGGAAACGCGGUAUUGGUACAACUGAAAAAGAAGUCGAAGAAUUGGGUGAUGGUACAAGCUUUUGGCUCUAAUGUGGCUCCACCAGGGCAAGUGAAUGGGAGUGCAAAGGCGACACCUCCACCAAGUUCCACGAGUUCGAGAUCCACCUUGAAACCCACAGCUCCAGAGUUCAAGCCACAGUCCAGCGUUAGCCCUCUCGGUGCAUCUGCUCCAAAACCGCCAACAACGGCUGAAAUUGAAGAUGGUGAAGUCGACGAUGCCAAGACUUCUGCAGCUGCCAAUACAAGUACGGCCAAGCCAACUGCUCCUACGGGCACACCGGCCGAAGCCAGUUCUUCAGAAUCGGCUGCGCCAGCUACGGUUGAACCACGCAAGUCAGAUAUUUUGGCCAGGAGAGAUCAAAUACUGCGGGAAAAGGAAGCAGCGAAAGCCGCAGCAUCUCCACCCAUACCAGCUCGCCCUGAUGUACCGAAGAAUUUCUUCCCAGAACGAAGCCAUACCCUCCCCAACAGACCAGAGGCUCCAUUUCCAAGUCGGAGUCAGCUGGAAAGACACCCAUCAUUACGACAUGGAGAUCGUAGAGAUGGCAGAGACUCGCGGCUACAAGACUCUGGCCGACUGGAUCGACCCGGAGAUAGACCGCCACGUGAAGGUCCAGGAAUCGACCGACGAGGUAUGGAACCAAACUCCAGAGACUUUGGAAGACCUUCGGAUCGGGACCGGGACCGUGUUAGGCCAGACCCUCCCCCACGAUGGACAGCAGAGUCUGCACGUGAGAAUCAAGAACGAGCCGCAAAUGGCCUACGACCAUCUGAUAAUAGCGGUCGUUUAUCUCGUGAUAGUGGUAUGCCUCCUCCAAGAAUGUCGGCGGCAGAUCGUGGGCCUCCUGCGAGUUCAGAGAGGUUACCACCCAUAAACCCGGAGCGACAGGAACUCAUCAAUCCAGAACGCGCUGCGCUCAUCACGAACACACCCCCGCGUUCUAGUUCACCUCGACGCAUCCGCGAUGAGCCGAGCGACCGACCUAGACCACAGUCGCCGAGAAGAUAUCCUUCUGAUAGAGAUCAUCAAGAAUCGAGAUACGACGAGCGAUCGAGCCGUAAUGGGCUACCGGAUCCGUACAGCUCACGUGCUCGACCUGACGAAAGUCAACAACCUCCUGUCGGGCCACGUAGUGAUAGACCUGCAGACCGAAGUGGUGAAAGAGGUCCUUCUGACAGAUUGCGAGAUUCGUCUGCAUUCCAAUCAGGACAACUUCCGAGAUUCCACGAUCCUGACCAUGGACGACUGAAUUCGAGCAGCAGGCAACAACCGGAUCCUAAUUUUGGCCGGCUGAAUCCUGCCCCAGUAUCAGACAUCCCAUCCGGUCCUCGAGAUAGGAAUUCGCGCGGUAAUAGAAUGGUCAGUGCUCCACAGCCACGUCGUGAAGGUAGGCUGGCCGAAGCUCCUCGUCCUCCAACGCCACCGGAGAAAUCGGUUCCUACUGGACCAUCAUCGACUCGUCAAACUCGUCGAGCUGCUUCCGGCCAGGUUGAUCCAGCGCCAAACACCCCAGGUACCCCGUUGGCUGCAUCCCCGGCCGGAAUCCAUCCAGACAGAUUAAGGCACCUUGGACAGGCAAUCCAACCUCCUGAAUCGUCACCGCAAGCUGCACCUCCCGCCGGCAUCCACCCAGAUAGGCUAAGGGCUUUUGGAGACGAAAAUGCCGCUCCACCACCAGCUCAUCCCAAUAAUCGUUCCAGACCACCUGUACCAUCAGUGGCAACACAAAUGCCACCGUCUGGUCCCAGAGGCUCGCAACCAAGUCCUAUCUCGUCCGGUACAAAUGGUCUUACAGCGCCAACCGGGCCCGCUUCAGCCACCGAACGCACAAUCCGAGGCGGCAGACGUCAACUCGCCGGCAUCAACACUAUGCUGCAACAAGCGAAUACCCCCGAUCGCAUGAAUGUCCGCGGCCGUGGAGCCCGCCUGAGCUCGUCGGCAGAUACUCCUCUUUCCGGUGGUCCUGCCACCCCUAUCACUGCUCCUCCUCCCCCUCCAGGCCCUCCGACACCUAUGCGAUCGGACCCUAACCUGGAUCUCAUUAAUCCCGCGCGCGCGGAUUUGAUUACUGGUACGCCCAACGAGGGUCGUGACAGAGGCGCAAGACGCGAUCGUCCGGGUCGUCAUAGUCGGAGAAGCUCUCGCAGUCCGGGCGCUGAUCGAAGUCGAGAUGCGAAGCGUGGAGCGGGGGACGAGGAACGCGUGCCUGGAUCCAGGGAGCAUAGAGAACGCAGAGAUGGUGGCAGGAGUGAUGAGAGACAUCCAGGUCGUGAACCGGGUCGAGAUUUGAUGGCUAGCGGUGGGAGAGAUAGGGAGCGUGAGAGAGACAGGGAGAGAGAUGUUACGGGUCGUCGCGGCGAUGGGAGGGAGAGGGAAGGCCACGAUGCCCCGUGGGCAGGCAACGAGCGCGGCGAGAGAGGAGCCGAAAGGGGUGGACGAAGUAGAGAGAUGAGAGAUCCUCGAGGAGGCGACGAUAGGCGGGAUAGCAGGGGAAUGAGGGAAGACGGGGGAAGCCGGAAGAGAAGAAGUGAGGAAGGGGGUAUGGGGGAUCGAGGCCAUGAGAAGAAGAUUAGGAGAUGA